UAGUCACAGAUUACAGAGUAACCUCUGUGAUCUGUGAAGUUAGUUUGGUUAUGUUUGGUUGUCAUAUAAAUGUUUUGUUAGUUUCCUGUGAUGUGCUAAAAUCCUCCUUGCGGUACUCUAAAGCGCUUUCCUUGAAAUAAAGGGAUUUGAUUUGAAGCAACAAAAGCGUUCUCACAAGAUUCAGGAGUUCCUACAGCUAAAAUAGAUACAAAGCCAUUAUGAAAGACAUGAAGAACAAGUCUUCGGGGUCCACCGAUGCCAAUCUAACUGAAGAGUCCGGCGAUGAGUGUGAUGAAACAUCAAGCAUUGGAAGCACUUCAACCACUGACAACACGUCGAGGAGUGCAACCCCAACCAGCAGAUCUCGCAAAGGCAAGCCUGGUAAAAAGAGGCUUUCUAACUCGCAGAAGAUCAUUAAGCCCAUUUACAAGUACAUGUGCAGCAUAAAAGAAGAUCAUGGGCAGCCGCUCUUUGGAGCCCAGUUUAACCACCACCUUAAAGAGGGGCAACCGUUAAUCUUUGCUGCAGUGGGGAGCAAUCGAGUAACGAUUUACGAAUGUCCCGAAGCCGGUGGCAUCAAGCUGGUGCAGUGCUAUGCAGAUCCUGAUCUCGAUGAGAACUUCUAUACUUGUGCCUGGUCUUACGAUGAGGAGUCAGGAAAGCCCCUUUUAGCAGUUGCUGGAGCAAGGGGCGUGAUCAGGAUUCUUAAUCCGUUGACUAUGAGCUGCAACAAGCACUACAUAGGCCAUGGACAUGCCAUAAAUGAGCUGAAAUUUCACCCCAAAGAUCCGAACUUGCUGCUCUCAGUUUCCAAAGACCAUUCCUUAAGAUUGUGGAAUAUCAAGAGCGACGUUUGCAUAGCCAUCUUUGGCGGAGUGGAGGGCCAUCGAGAUGAAGUAUUGAGCGCCGAUUUUGAUUUGCUCGGCAAUAGAAUCAUGUCCUGCGGUAUGGACCACUCUUUGAAACUGUGGCUGCUGGACAAGGACUAUAUGAGAGAAGCGAUUAAACAGUCGUAUAACUGGAAUUCGAAUAGAAACUCCAGGCCGUUUGACACGCUGAAGGAGCAUUUCCCUGAUUUUUCUACUCGGGACAUUCACCGGAACUACGUGGACUGCGUAAAAUGGUUUGGAGACUUUGUGCUUAGUAAGUCCUGCGAAAACUGCAUAAUUUGCUGGAAACCGGGCCGGCUGGAGGACGAACAGCUUCGCAAGGGAGAAACCACCUCCACCAUCAUCCACAAAUUCGAAUACAAAGAGUGCGAAAUCUGGUUUGUAAGGUUUGCAAUGGAUUUUUGGCAAAAGAUUUUAGCCCUGGGAAAUCAAACGGGAAAAGUGUUUGUUUGGGACCUGGAUGUGACCGAUCCUGCCCAAGCCAAAUGCUACACUUUGCAACACCCCCGAUGCACAACCGCAAUCAGACAGACAACGGUGAGUCGAAAUGCGAAGGUGCUUUUGUACGUUUGUGAUGAUGGUACAGUUUGGAGGUGGGAUAAAAUUGCCUAGCGAAUUCCAUACAGUUUUACCGGACUGAAGGGUGUUGUUAUCAUACCCAGACCAAUCUACUAUAAGUCUGUUUUUUAUUAAAUGGAGAUUCUGCUCUGAGAA